AUGUCGCGCGCGACAAGCUCACAGACGGACUCAGACAAGGACCCUCUUCCCUUUACGUUCGAUCGUGGAGAUGACCCCGAGCCACCGGUGAUUAGGUGCAUCGAGUACUCUCCCGACGGCCAAUCAAUCGCAACUGGUGCUAGCGAUAGUACAGUGCGCCUAUGGGACGCCAAGACAGGCCAGCAAACACACAAGCUGCUGGCUGGUCAUCCAGUCUUCUGGCUAUCGUUCUCUCACUCGGGACACCGGCUGGCUGCCAUAUGCUUAAACACGGACGAGAAACGCGCGCACGUGGUCAUCUGGGACAUGAGCCAGGACAAACAGGAGUCAGAAAAACUCGAAACAACUUAUGAGAGUGACGGUAGCAUUGCUGAACACGGGUACAGGGUCGCCUUCUCGCCGGACGAUGACUGGGUUGCCGUCAUGACUCCUUCCCACGUUGUUGUACAGGAAACAACAUCAGGAAAACCAGUCAUGGACGUAGGCAAGGCAAGGAAGGAUUAUAGGUUUAUGUCUGCUCUCAGCUUCUCGUCGGAUGGCCGAUUGCUCUUCUAUGCAUCCCUCCCCCAAAAUGUUCGCGACAAUGCAUUGGUAGAGCUGCAUUCCUUCAACAUGGAGCUGCGCCAACACUUGCCCCUCGCACUAUCGCUGGCUCUUCCAUCCCACUCGUUUCUUUACAGGUUACCAUACAUUUGCUCUCCUAACGGUCGCGCCAUCGCCGGGCCAAUCCCGCAGAGCGGGUUUCAGAUCUGCGAUACACAGACAGGAAGCGUACUGCAUGCCGCACUUCAAGGACAUACGGAAAACACGUCGAGUAUCUGCUUCUCACAGGAUGGGGAAUGGGUUAUCGAUGGUUCAGAGGCAAGCACAAUAUGCAUAUGGGAUGUCUCAACGGGAACGAAUGUGAUGGCGCCAUUGAAGGAUGAGCGGCUUCAGCGCGUGACAGCGAUCACCUGCUCGCCGUUGAAAGACCGCAUUGCAUGUGUUGCGAGUGACACAGAGAUCCAUGUCUGGGACGUUCGUACCCGACAGAUUGUGCUACCACUUGUUCGAGAGUCUGAAAGGCAGAUGACACCCCGUUUACGUGACUUUGCCUACAGUGAUCAAGUCAAAGACAUCCACGUAUUCCCAGAUGGCCGUCACUUUGUUAGCAGUACCACCGCCUUCUACGACGCCCACAUACAUAUAUGGGACCUUCAAACAGGCAAGCAGACCAAGGCAUUCUUCUUUCCGGGUGGUUGUGCCGUAGCCUUAUGCGCAAAUGGUUCUCUGCUGGCUGCUGGAUCUACUAGACCCUUCGGAUAUGUUGCUCUGUUAGACGCAAACUCAGGCAAGGAAUAUUUCCCUCCACUAAUAAGGGCUGGCAGCGGAGCGCGGAAGCUGUGCUUUUCUCCAGACAGUUCUGUGCUUGCUGUUGUAUUCGACAAUAGGACUCUUCACCUGGUGCACGAUGUGCUAGGUGACCGCGUAAUCAGUCAAAUAGAGAACCAAGAAGUCGUGGAUGUCGCAUUUUCGCCAGACGGCAAGCAGUUUGCUUAUGUGAUCCACCUCUCGGGUCAUAUACUGCUUUGCGAUGUUAGCACUAUGGAAGUCGCUAUUCAGCUACCCGGCCCAGGUUCGGAACUUCCGUGUAACCUCGCUUUCUUACCAGAUGGGAAGUUUCUUCUCGAGACAUACGGCCGGAACAAGGCAAGAUUUUGGAAUAUCGGGACGGGGCAAACGGCUCUUGAGCACUCGCUUUCGCCGCAGUCGCGAGCCUUGACUGUAGUCUCUCCCGACGGGAAUACAUUCAUCUGUAGCUGGGCGAAGGGAAAAGAUGGAUUCGGGCUUGAAAAGCUUGAUAUAACCAGCGGAAAGCGCCUUUGGAGCACGGCAAAGUUUACUUCCGGUGUUACUACAGCUACCUUUUCGCCGGCCGGGGACAAGGUAAUUGUCGGGUUUGAGGACGGCACGUUGCAGGUGCUUGAUGCUAGCUUGGGUCAGACACUCAUCCUAAGCAGUGAUGAUCGCUCAUCCAUCGAGCUGGAGAUGCCCUCUGCUCCUAAUAGAUCGCGAAGAAUAGGCACUGGCCUCGCGGAUUGGGAUGAUGACUCUAUCAUGAAUAUGCCUGCAACUUCGAGUAGAGCUGCGCGAAUCGGAUUGCAAGCAAGGAAUGCGGUUAGGGAUAACCAGCAGAGGCACAACGGGAAACGCAAUGCCGUAGAUGAUCACCGAGGCUCUGGAUUAGCAGCACGUCUUUCCGCCCGUCUUGCACCAAAACCCGCCAACCCUGGUCAUGCCCAUGGACAGGGUCGCCUUGCACACGCGUUCCAGCUGGUGAGCACCGGACGUGCCAAAAACCGUGUGCUCGCAGCUGGCGAGCAAGGCGGUCACGAACACCGGGAGCGUCACCGAUUGCACUCCGAUGAUGACUCCACAAGCCCUUCGCCGCCUGAAUCAGACCGCGCACACUCUCCUCCUACGCGCACGGGCGAAAGCGACAGCAGCACGUCGAGCAGCAACUGGUUCGUUGACUACAUGUGUUAUUGUGUGUGUUUACCUUGUCGUGGCUCGCGCGGGGUAAAUCCCGAGUAAGCGCUGUCGUUUUGGCGGUAGUUGUCUAGUUACAGCAGUAAGUCGAAACUAUUAUAGAGCCAUGCUGUCGAUACGGCCGUGACCCACCCAAAUGGACCCUUGGUGGAGUUGCUGAGCG